AUGAAACGUCUGGUUGGUAUUCAAGCCGCAUCAGCGAACAACACUCAACCUCCUGUGCUAAUCGUAGGUGCUGGGCCGGUAGGUCUGGUAGCAGCGUUGACGCUCCUCCAAAACGGCAUUCCAGUUUGCAUCAUUGAUAAAGACACCAACCCUCGCAUCGGACGGUGUGGUCCCGGAAUAUGGCAACGCUCUCUCUCGCUCUUCAACUUCCUGGACAUCUCAGAAGUCAACGACCUGGGUAAAUCAGUCCCCACCAUACGUUCGUACAAGCCCGGGACGUUGGAACCUCAGGGGGAAUCUUCGAUGGUCCCACAUGUGGAACCUACCCCAGCGAUAUCAUUCGUACGCAAACCCGCAGUUUUCUCAAGCUUUCGUGAUGAUAAUGUGAUUCUGAUACGCCAUUUGGGGAAGUUCUCGUGCUCUGUCGAGAUGGGCACCCAACUGCGCUCGUUUGAGCAGUCCGAUCAGGGUGUUACAGUUGUUCUCGCGAAGAACGGCAUAUCAGAGACCUUCGGUACCAAGUGGAUGAUCGGCGCUGAUGGUGCUAAAGAGACUACCCGGAUUGUGACUGGAGAUAUUCGUUUGAAGGACGUCUGUCUUAAUAGAGUGUAUUGGCACCGGUUUGGAAACGUUAAUGAGCGAGCACGAGAUAGCUGGCAAUUUUUCAUCUUCGGCCAAGACAUAGACGUGACGAAGAUCGCUCAGAGCCAGGAGCUCGUCUUCGAGACCAUCGCUUCGCUGAUACCUACGGAGGUUACAUUCAACAAGCUGGUUUGGGUGAGCGAGUUCCAAGCCAAUAUCUGGAUAGUGAACAAGUUUAGCGAGGGUCGCGUGUUUGUUGCUGGUGAUGCUGCUCACGUACACAGUCCAACCGGUGGUCAGGGACUUAAUUCAAGUGUACAAGAUACUGUUGGAAACUUGCGCUCGGAAAAAGGACUUGCCGACAAGUCUCUCCUCGAGACAUGCACCUCCGAGCGUCUCCCUGUCAUCUCGGAUAUGCUUGAGAUGACCACCUCGAUUGACAACCAAACAAUGACGACAGGAGACCCGACGACCCGACGAACCCCCAUCCUCUCUAUGCUUGGUAAUAAUUGUCGGUUCAGCAGCAUCGUUCUCGACGAGUUUGUGACGCCAGGUGAAGGGAAACCUAUUCAGGCCUACGGUGUGCUUGACGAGGGGCAUCUUGAGGCUGGGGACAGGGCGCCCGAUGCGCCUAACAUGCUGAAGGUGCAACUGGUUGUGUUCACCCCAAGUCUCGCAGACGCUACCCCUAUUUUGGGCGCGCUGGAGGCAUGCGACAAAACUAUUGUACGAUCGGCAGUCGUCUUGCCUCCAUCGGCACCAGCGAUCCCUAUUGCAUCCCCUGUUGAUCUCGUUCUUGUUGGUCAGGAGGGUUGUGUUCAUUCAGCUUACCUCGUCGAAGAUACCCAGACGAAGGUGUUUGUGAUACGGCCGGAUGGAGUGAUUGGGGCGAUCGUUCAUGGUGCCGAAGUAUUUCUCGAACGUAUUUUUGGACCUGUAACUUUACUGUGA